UGAGGCUCUUCAGUCAUUUGACUCCAACAACUGUUUGAAUGCCCCGUGCAAGUUCGUGAAUGCCUUACAUAAGAAGUUGUCAUACUGUUCCCGGAUUUGGACCAUUGUUCAGAGACAGUUUGAUUUGUCUGGUUCUGGCCUGGAAUCAUAGUUCCUCAAGCUGGCUGGACAUCAAAACCCUUUGGGAAGUGACUUGGAGACAGUAGUUCUGUAGGUGAACUUUUGGGAGCCAUUGAUCCAGAACUCUCCUACCAGGGCCCCCAGCACCGAGAUGUUCCCAAAGUGGCUGGGAUCCAUUAGAGACUGAAGUGACAGAGACCACUGUCGGCUGUGGUCUCCACUCCUUGGAGCAGAAGCCAAGAGACAGCAGUCUGAAGACGUCUCUUUCACACAUCAGUUGAAGACCAGCCUUUGGAGGUUUUCAAAGUAGAUGGUGUGUCUCCCUUGGAUGGACCGCAUGAAGUAACAUUCUGCAAAUUGCUGUCAGAGGUCCUAGAAACAUCUGGUUUCCAUUCCUCGUUGUUGAAUGGUGUUUGCUUCAGCAGCCCACUGAGGGAUCUUUUCCUAGGGAUUCUGAACUUGUAACUAGGAAUCCGAGCUGGGAAGAUGCUGAGUUCCAUCAAGUGUGUGUUGGUGGGAGACUCUGCCGUGGGGAAAACCUCUCUGUUAGUGCGCUUCACUUCAGAGACCUUCCCAGAGGCCUACAAGCCCACAGUGUAUGAAAAUACAGGGGUAGAUGUCUUCAUGGAUGGCAUCCAGAUCAGCCUGGGCCUCUGGGACACAGCUGGCAAUGAUGCCUUCAGGAGUAUCCGCCCUCUGUCCUACCAGCAGGCAGACGUGGUGCUGAUGUGCUACUCCGUGGCCAACCAUAACUCCUUCCUGAACCUGAAGAACAAGUGGAUUGGUGAAGUCAGGAGCAACCUGCCCUGCACCCCCGUGCUGGUGGUGGCCACCCAGACUGACCAGAGGGAGAUGGGGUCCCACAGGGCUUCCUGCGUCAACGCCAUAGAAGGAAAGAAACUGGCUCAGGAGGUGAGAGCCAAGGGCUACCUGGAGUGCUCAGCCCUCAGCAACCGGGGGGUACAGCAGGUAUUUGAGUGUGCCGUCCGGACUGCCAUCAACCAGGCCAGGAGACACAACAGAAGGAGGUUCUUCUCCGUUAACGAGUGCAAGAUCCUCUAAACCCCAAAGACUCCACCCAGCAGUCACUUACCACAAAGACUAACUGGGACAGGGAGAGCAGGCAAGCCAGCAAGGGUCGAUGCUCCUUCUGGACACGUCCUGAGCAGCCUGAAACAGCAUAUGGGCAGCAUCAGGAAACCUUCUGGAUACAGUUGUGGAUGAGACUUGGCUACUGGAUGUUUUUACGAAAUACACUCUACUGAAGAACUCUUUGCCCGGUUUAGUUAGAAGAUCCCUUGGGAAACUGUAAUGAAUAUUCCAUCUUCGAUUACAAAACCAAAGUGGUCUCCAUAAUUUUGGAUAAUGAAGUGAGUUUUCCGAAGAAUUCCAUAUUUAAAGACACAUUGUAUUUAAUAAUAACAAAAUAAAUAGCUCUGGUAUAUCAUUAGUUUUCACACUUGGAAAGUCUUUUCCUACCUACUGACAAACACAAAUUGAUGUAUGAGUGGAACGACCUUAUAGGGCCCUGCCAUAUGUUUGUAGUGUUGGUGUUU